AGCACAGCACAGCACACCACCGGAGACACGAACACGCCGCACCCCACAACCGACGCCACUCGAAUUCCCCGCCGCCGCCGCCGCCGUCACCGUCGCCGUCGCGGCGCCAUGCUCCACCUCCGGCAGCGCGUCCUCUCUCGUCUCCUCUCCGCCGCGCCGUCUCCUUCCACCUCCCCACUCCCCUCUCUCCGCCGCCUCCUCUCCGCCGCCGCUGCCCCCCGCAUUUCACCGAACCCUAGCUUCGCCGUGGAGGAGUACCUCGUCUCCACCUGCGGCCUCAGCCGUGCCCACGCACUCAAGGCCUCCGCCAAGCUCUCCCACCUCAAGUCCCCCUCCAAGCCCGACGCCGUCCUCGCCUUCCUCGCCGGCCUCGGCCUCUCCGGCGCUGAUGUAGCAGCCGUCGUCGCCAAGGACCCGCGGUUCCUCUGCGCCGGCGUGGAGAGAACCCUGUCCCCCGUCCUCGCCGGGCUCACCGGCCUCGGUCUAUCCCCUUCUGAUAUUGUGCGCUUCGUCUUGCUCGUCCCCGACAGCUUCCGCCAGAGAUGCGUCGUCUCCAAGCUAGAGUACUACCUGCCGCUCUUCGGCUCCAUCGACAACAUGGUCCGGCCGCUCAAAUACGGCCCCGGCUUCCUCGACUCUGACCUCGAGAGGGUUGUCAAGCCCAAAGUCAAGCUCCUAGCAGAGUGCGGGCUAGGUGCUUGUGAUAUUGCCAAGCUCUUCAUCCAGGCACCGAUGAUACUUGGCUCCAAACCAGAGCGUUUCGUGGCGAUGGUCGCGUGCGCCGAAGGUAUAGGUGUGCCCCGUGGCUCUGGAAUGUUCAGGCAAGCGCUGUACGCCGUCUCAUGCUUCAGCGAGGACAAGAUCGCUGCCAAACUGGACUACUUGAAGAAGACACUUAGGUGGUCAGACGCCGAGGUUGGCAUUGCUGUGUCCAAGGGUCCGUUUCUGCUGAGGAGGUCAAAUGACGUGCUGCAGCGCCUGUCAGAGUUCCUGAUCUGUGAGGUGGGGUUGGAACCGACAUACAUUGCUCAUCAGCCGACUAUUCUCAGUCGUAGCCUUGAGGGGCGGCUCAGCCCACGGUACUAUGUUAUGAGAUUUCUUAAGGAAAAUGGAUUGCUCAAGCAUGGCCCAAGCUACUGUACAAUUGUUAAAUGGACCGAGAAAAAGUUCUUGGAGAACUUCAUAUGCCCUCACAAGGAAGCUGCACCAUACCUUGCUGAAGACUAUGCGGCUGCUUGCAAAGGGCAAGUGCCGGGUAGAUUCAGAUUUACAUGAACCAAGAAGCAUGAACGUGAGUGGAACUACUAUUUAGUAGCCUUGGUGACUGGGAAGAUUUUCAUGGAAAGGUUUGUAUGCCCAUACAAGCAAGCUGCCCCCACCUUGCCAAAGACUAUGCUGCCACUUGUAGGGGAAGUGCUUUCUAAUUUGAGAUUUGCAUGACCAGUAACGGGCUAUGAGAAUUGGUAAUUACGUAUGUCUACGUGUAGUGAGCUGGUAAUUUUCGUCUCAGUGUUCUUUGCCUAACUAGAUGUUGGUUAUCUGCUAUAGUAUGUCCGGUACAUGUUAAUUCAGCGUCGCCAGUCCUGGAUGAAACUGAUAAUUUGAUUUUAGGGUACUGUUGUAUGUCCAUUACAUCAUUCGGUAGAAAAGAAAGAAUUGCACUUCAAUUAACCUGUCCAUCGUGAUGUCAUAUUGUCAUGCAUACUAGAACUAAGAGAGUGUGACGUCAGGGCAUUCUGCAAAUGCUUUCAAAUAUAUUAAUGAAGAGUAUUCUGCACACCCUAUAUGUUUAUGUUCUCAAUUGCCAUUUCAGCUUUCAAUGCAAUCCUGAGUCAAUCUAUCUUUCCAUGAAAAAAGGUUCUCAUUUUUGUCAUGAAGAUGAUAUGAAGCCCCAAAAUUCGUUAAACAUCUUUUUUGGUGGGAACAAAUCUGGAAUUAACGUGUUAGUCAUUGCUGAGGUUGCAGUUUUGAUCUAGUCUGUUGGUUGCUUCCUCUAAAGCUGAAACUCGUCAUUCUUCCUGCCGUAGCUUUGUUUAUAUGAUAUUAACUGUUGUGAAAGCAGGUCAUUGUUUACUAAUAGUUCGUAUCAGUUUUUUUCAUUUAUUUUUCUCUUAUAUUCUUGGAUCUCGCUGAUAUUUUGUGUCAAAACUGAAUACUUCAGUAGUUGGCUACUAAGUAGCAUUUUGUUGACAGCCUACACAUUUAGCACUACGUAACGGAUAUUUCAAAAGCCCUUGUAUUUGUACCGGAUACACGAAUUGAUGCUUGUAUGGUAUGGUGCCGAAAAACAGAGGGUAUUUCAUACACUAUGAAGGAACUUAUGUUAAGGUAAUCUUAAAAAGGGUCAUGGCAUUACCAUGUUAUUCUCUGCCAUACCUGUUGGCUAAUUUUAUUCCAUAUUAGCACUAUUUAUAUUGAUUCUCAGGAAAUCUUUUUAGGGAUAGUAAGGUGGAUCUUAUGUACCAUCCUCUGUUUUAUAUUUUGCAUUUUUAGGUACUCUUUUUGUAUUUGCUUUAGUUGUGUUGGUUACAGACUCGUCUGAAGACAUGUAGACUGGAAUUGGAGAAAAGAGAAUGAAGAUGUCGAAGACUGUUACCUUAGCCAAGAGAUGGUCCCAGAAAUGAUAUCUUAACCAAGCUUGGUCUUAACAUUUAAGGGAAUGCAGUAUUUUUUUUGUCUCAGUUAUACUGAAUGUCAUCUCUUCCUGCACUCUUUUUAGUUAAAUUCUCGGUCUAGGAAUGCAAGUACUAGCUGUCAGAUAGUUACUAUAGUUAUAGAAUCUUGGAGAAUUGCAAACACAGAAAUUGUAGACAUGCUUGUCUACCUCAAAUUAAGAAUCAAGAUGUGUGAGGAGAGGAUGGUGAACAUAUGUUUAUUCCUGAACAUAUGUUAGGCUGUAGAAAUUGGAAUAAAUGAGAUCUCAGCUGUGUGCUUGCAGUAACACAAAGGAGAUGGGCACAUGCUAUUAUUGGCGAAGAGCUCUGAUUUGAAAUGAAGAUCAGUUGUGUGUCUCUUCUCUAGUGCCUAGUUUAGCCUGUGGGAAUUAUAGAGAUAAUAUUAAUGCAAUGAAGGCGAGGGGAAGGGGUCUAUUAAGGAACGAAGUGACUUGCCAAGUGAGUAUGAUUCUUUUUAAGGUAGUUUCCUUGAGUAAGAAUUGGCUGGGCAAGCAUACUGACUGAUUUACUGAAUGCUGUAGAUUGAUGUGGCUUUCUUACUUUCUUGAGAAGAAGUGAUGAAACUAGAUAUAGAUGCUUAGUUCUUUCUUCUUCUUUCAGGAGAUCGACCAAGCAUGGUGGCUGGGGAUUUGCUAUACUACACAUGAUUCUGAAGGCUGUGUUAGUUGAUGAUGCCUGAGACUUCCUUCAGUCACAAGUAUUUAUUCAAGAGUUGAUGAUGCCUUUCUCCUUCUGAAUUUUGCAAGUUGUGCAAUCCUUGUGAACCUGAUAUUUGGAUGAUAAUUUACUUUCACAUUAGAACAUUUUCUUUUUCGCUUACUCUGGGAUAAAAACUUGUGCUCUAAACUUUCCUUUGUACACUGGGAGAUUUCUGGUGUUAUCAAAUGGUCUUUGCUUUUACUCCACCUCUAUGAGCACUGUUGCCGAAGAAUGGGUUAUUGAAAAUAUUUGGGCAAAGAAGCUGCUGUUCAAUCGACAGUUGAAUUUAGCACCAGCUGCUGCAAUUUCUUAUUAUUUUAAUAGAAAGCCGCAAAUAUCGAGGCGCUAUGUAGUAUGUGAAUUAUGUGUUCUCAUCUUCACCUGUACAGUUUUAUUGAGUCAACCAUGCAUGCCGUCACUUUUUUUCUGGAGUUGAUAAUCGAAUGUAAAAAAACAUAUGUCUCUGUUUUCCAUCCAUAUAUAUGCCAUGUAAGCAAUUAGAUGUGGAAUUUAAAGCCGCUAUCUAAUUGAUGGUGAUCUACUCAGACUAAUAUUUAGUUUGCCCUUUCUUUUGGUCUUACCAGAGCUUUCCUUUAACGGGAACAGUCUUAAUAGAGCUUUUUAUGUGUAGGAAUUUUGUGCGUGGAAGCAAGCAGAGGGCAGUUAUGGAUGAAGUUGAGCAAGCUAACUGGUACGAAUAAAGCUAUGUUGUUAUUCACCCUCCAUUUAGCGGGGUAUCCAAUCUGCUUAGAUUGAUCUGCACUUGCACUUCCUCAUGACAAGUGGACACCUCCUUUGACUAGUACAAACGCAAGGGGCUGAAGGCACCGCUGCAGUCAGGCUGGAUUAUACCGCUGCAGACGCAAGCUUACAUGAUCGCUGGAGGAGAGACAUGGUUUCAGCCAUGGCGGUGGCGCGAGAUUACUCGACGCUCUAUUAAGACUGCGGGGGAAGAUCAGUGUCGCCGUACAAUCAAGUGGUCGCUAGCUGGGGAAGUUGGCAGCAGUCUGGUAGGCGAGGAAGAUGAGAUGAUCGUGCAAUGGCUGGCCUUUUUUGAACCCUAUCUGAAGAUGGUUAGAAACUAUGUGUGAAACCUGCUCUGUUGCGUGGCGGGUUUCAUCGUUUCCGUCGGAGGAACAGCUAAGACCAUGUUGAUUCGUUAACAUUCGUGAACAUCAUCUGGUUGCUAGCAUCUGUAAAAAGGAAGAAACGAAAUUUGUACAGACAUCAAGUAUUCAAAGUUCAGUUUAUGCAGAUACCAAU